AUGUCCGUCCUUCCCCCAGACGUCCAUGCCGAGCUGUCCCAGCUGCUGCAAGCUCUGCAGUCCCCAGACAACUCCGUCCGAACCCAGGCCGAAGAACACCUCCAGAACAACUGGACCGCGAACAGACCCGAGGUUUUGUUGAUGGGCCUGGCCGAGCAGAUUCAAGUUGCCCCCGAUGCUUCGAUACGAUCCUUUGCCGCCGUCAUCUUCCGCAGAAUCUCCUCCAAGAGCCGCAAGAAUGCCCGCGGCGAGCUUGUCGACAUGUUCCUGUCCUUGUCACAGGACCAAGCUGCUGCCAUUCGCCAGAAGCUUCUCGAGUGCCUCGGCGGCGAUUUCCAGCGUGCUGUGCGGAAUAAGAUAAGUGACGCCGUCGCUGAGGUAGCUAGACAAUACACCGAGAAUAACGAUUCCUGGCCCGAACUGCUCGGCGGUCUUUUCCAGCUCAGCAUUGCCCCCGACGCCGAGAAGCGCGAGACUGCUUUCCGUGUCUUCGCCACGACCCCCGGGAUUAUCGAGAAACAGCACGAGGACACCAUUAUCCAGGCCUUCCAGAAGGGCUUCAAGGAUGAUUCCGUGCAGGUACGACUGGCCGCCAUGGAGGCCUUUGCAGCCUUCUUUAGGAGCUUGGGAAAGAAGGUGCAACCCAAGUUCUACCCUCUGAUUCCCGACGUCCUCAACAUCCUGCCCCCAAUCAAGGAGACACACGAUUCCGAGGACCUCAGCAGCGCCCUUGUCGCUCUUAUCGAUCUGGCCGAGUCGGCGCCCAAGAUGUUCAAGCCCCUUUUCCACAACCUCGUCCAGUUCAGCGUGUCCGUGAUCCAGGACAAGGAACUCGACAACCUCUGCCGCCAGAACGCCCUCGAGUUGAUGGCUACUUUCGCCGACUUCGCGCCUUCGGUGUGCCGGAAGGAUGCCACCUACACCAACGAUAUGAUCACCCAGUGUCUCAGUCUUAUGACCGAUCUGGGUGAGGACGACGAUGAUGCCGCUGAAUGGCUGGCGUCUGACGACCUUGACCAGGAAGAAAGCGACCAGAACCACGUUGCUGGAGAGCAGUGCAUGGAUCGCCUCGCCAACAAGCUUGGUGGCCAAACCAUUCUGGCCCCGACCUUCAACUGGCUGCCCCGCAUGAUGACUUCCAUGGCUUGGAGGGACAGGCACGCGGCCCUCAUGGCCAUCUCCGCCAUUUCAGAGGGCUGCCGGGAGCUGAUGAUUGGUGAGCUCAGCCAAGUCCUCGACCUCGUUGUUCCUGCACUGAAGGACCCCCAUCCUCGUGUCCGCUGGGCUGGUUGUAAUGCGCUCGGCCAGAUGAGCACCGACUUUGCGCCCAAGAUGCAGACCGACUACUACGACCGCGUGCUCAAGGCCAUCAUUCCUGUUCUCGAGUCCCCCGAGGCUCGCGUCAAGUCGCACGCUGCCGCUGCUCUAGUCAACUUCUGCGAGGAGGCCGAGAAGUCCAUCUUGGAACCCUACCUCGACGAGCUCCUUGCUCACCUCUUCCAGCUCUUGCAGAACGAGAAGCGCUAUGUUCAGGAGCAGGCCCUGUCGACCAUUGCAACCAUUGCUGACGCUGCCGAGGCUGCGUUCUCAAAGUAUUACGAUACCCUGAUGCCUCUGUUGGUCAGUGUUCUGCAGAGGGAGAACGACAAGGAAUUCCGUCUUCUUCGCGCCAAGGCAAUGGAGUGCGCCACCCUGAUUGCUUUGGCAGUCGGAAAGGAGAGGCUUGGCCAAGACGCCAUGACUCUCGUCCAGCUCCUUGCCUCCAUCCAGCAGAAUAUCACGGACCCCGACGACCCGCAGGCUCAGUAUCUGAUGCAUUGUUGGGGCCGCAUGUGCAGAGUGCUUGGCCAGGAGUUCCUUCCCUUCCUGCCCAAUGUCAUGCCUCCUCUUCUUGAGCUCGCCAGCGCCAAGGCUGACAUUCAGCUUCUCGAUGACGAUGACCAGGUCGAGCAGAUUCAGCAGGAGGACGGUUGGGAACUCGUCCCUCUGAAAGGCAAGAUGAUCGGCAUUCGAACUAGCACCAUGGAGGACAAGAACAUGGCCAUCGAGCUCCUGGUUGUCUACGCCCAGGUACUCGAGGGCAGCUUUGCUCCAUACGUGGCUGAGAUCAUGGAGAAGAUCGCUCUUCCUGGCUUGGCCUUCUUCUUCCACGACCCCGUCAGAUUCAUCUCGGCCAAGCUGGUACCGCAGCUUCUCAGUUCUUACAAGAAGACUUACGGAAGCCCUUCGAACGAGCUCAACGGAUUGUGGGCGGCGACUGUUGACAAGCUUCUCGAGGUCUUGACGGCGGAGCCGGCCAUUGACACCCUUGCCGAGAUGUACCAGUGCUUUUAUGAGUCUGUUGAAGUUGUUGGAAAGGAGUGCCUUUCUGCUGAGCAUCUCUCUCGCUUUAUUGAUUCAGUUCACUCUGCUAUCGAGGACUACAAAGACCGCGUGGCUCAGCGCCUCGAGGACAAGGAGGGCGUCGCGGCCGAGGAUGCGGAAGACGACGCCGAUGAUGUCUUGUUGGCCAUUGAGGACGAUCAGACACUAUUGUCCGACAUGAACAAGGCCUUCCAUGCCAUCUUCAAGAAUCACGGUGCAGCCUUCCUCCCGGCCUGGGAGCGUCUGCUUCCCACAUACGAGGGUUUCCUGAAGUCGGACGACCCUACACAGCGCCAGUGGGGUCUCUGCAUCAUGGACGAUGUCCUCGAGUACUGCGGUCCCGAGAGCCAAAAGUACGCCAAUCUCAUCACACAGCCUUUGGUUGACGGCUGCAGAGACUCUUCGCCCGCCAUUCGACAAGCUGCUGCUUACGGCAUUGGCGUGGCCGCGCACCGUGGUGGCCUUCCCUGGGCCCAGUUCCUGGGUGGUGCCCUGCCUUUCCUCUUCCAAGUUACGCAAGUACCUGACGCGCGGAGCGAGGAUAAUGUGUACGCAACCGAGAACGCCUGUGCCGCCAUUGCCAAGAUUCUCCAUUACAAUGCCGGCUCAGUGCAAGACCCCAACAACGUCGUUGCUCAGUGGAUGGAGACACUCCCGGUGACGAACGACGAGGAGGCGGCACCUUACGCAUAUGCUUACCUCGCGGAGCUGAUUGACAAGCAACAUCCGGCUGUUGUAAACCAGGCUGGCAGGGUUUUCGUGCUCACCGCCCAAGCACUCGAGGCAGACACUCUCCAAGGACAGACCGCAAGCCGCGUGGUUGGCGCCAUUAAGGCCCUCCUGUCCCAGGCGGGUGUGGACCCCACGCCACUCCUGCAGCAGUUCUCGCCCGAAUCUCAACGAGCAAUCACGGCGUACUUUUCUUGA